UUCCAGGUGCAUUAUCGUUAUCAUCGUCCAGCUUACGACAAGAACAGUGGUGAACGAGAAUAUUUAGGGACGUAGAGGAAUAAUCGUGGACCAUCGGUUUAGCUGUGCCCUCGAGAUGCGGUGAUGGCUUUGCUGUACAGAUUCGCGCAGCUGCCUGACAGCAGUGGCACGCGGGUCUUCUCCUUCGUCGUCACAAGAAGCGUGGUACGGGAUCCUGAAAGAGACGUAACCAGCAAGGAGCUCGUAUGCGGUUUUCAAAGAUGGUCCGUUGCGUUUUCGCGAGGGAACAAGGUUCUAGGCGCGUACCUGGUAUGGCGCGGGGCAUCGAGGAACCUGCGCGUCUACGUGGACUUCACGUUCACCCUUCUGAACCGGGAACACUUCUCCAUGAACGAGGGAUUCUCCGGGAAACGGGUGAAGUUCACGUACGAGGCGCCCGCCCAGGGCAACCGGAACUACAUCCCUGUGUCGGACCUGUACAGCCGAAAUUUCGCCGACACGAACGGCGAGUUCCAAUUAGAAUUGUCGAUGGCAAACGUGAGGACCGUGUACAUGACCGAUAAGAUGCCGGGCGGCACGUUCUCCUCGGGCCAAUCGAAGCCCAACAAAUUGGAGACCGAUUAUUUCGCGUUCGGCGGCUUCGAUUGGAACCUGGUCAUAUAUCCCCACGGGAACAAGGAGUUGGAGGGUUACCGGGGCCACGAGAACGGGAUCAGCGUCUAUCUGAUGAGGAUGAGCGGGUUCGAUCAUCGGUGCAGGGUGAGAUACAGCGUCGCGUUGGGCGAGGGUGAUCGUAGGAUCGAUUCAGGCCAGAUCGAGGACCUGUCGGACGCUGAGCGUUGCGGUUUCGGGUGGCACACGAGGGUGAGGUGGUCCGAGGUGGCGCACAAAGGCGUGGUACGGGUUUCCCUCGAGAUGGUCGAGGCGAGGACCAUUUGCGAGGUCGCCGUCCAAGCUCGCGGCCCCUCCGUCCUGCCCGCGACCCCUUGCUACGAUCGGGACAAGCAGGCGUGGAUGAUCAGGGCCGAUUUGCACUCGGACACCGUCAGACUGCACCUGGUCUACAAAGAUAUCCAUAACGUUCCGAGGAAUCAUUUGAGGUACGUCAGUUGGUCAGCCUAUCUUCUCCGCGACGAGGAGGCGAACAUGACCGCGAUCAGCUUGCCGGGGGCCCCGUUCAGCCGUUACUACGCCCAAGAGUCCGCGGACGAAGGUAUCAUAAUGGAGACGAAUCUCGACACGAACGAGGUGAAAGAAAAUCACUGUCCGUUCCUGACCGACAAAGGGCAAUUGAGGAUCCGGCUUGAGUGGAACGAGAGCCACUUGCUGUUCANGACCUACCACAAGUACGACGACGUGUGCCGCAUCCACAAUCAACAGAUGAGACGGGAGAUCUCCCUCCUCCAGGCGGAGAAUUACAGCUUGGAGAGGCAGCUGUUCAGCUAUCAGAAGAGCCUCGCUUACACGCAGGCGCAGCAACAGCAACAGCAGCAGCAACAUCAGAAUCAACAGCAUCAUGGCGGCCAUCAAGCUCAUCUGGAGAGAUCCGCGUCGACAGACACCGAAUACGCCUGACAAGUGGAACAACAACAACAACAACAACAGAUCCAACCAAACGAGCUGCCAGCCGCCACCAGUUGUCGACGACAAUUGCCUAUCGUGCACGAGGAUGAUCGUCGCGUCCACCAGAACCUUGUCCGGAUGAUGGAUCGACGAUUGAGCAACGUGCAGCUCCAGCAACGGCUGUACGAAUCGGAAUCGGGCUAUCAGCAACGAUACGGCGACGGUUCACCGUGUCACAGUAUCGUCGAUCAAACGGCGGAUCAUCAACAACAACGUCCAAGUAUCGUGCAACAACCGAAGUCGGCGCGAUCCAGCGUAGGCAGAUCGGACAGCGGCUCGGAUCGUGGAAACGAUCGUUACACCGGCUACUAUUUGGGGUACGUCGGUCAGGCAGUGCACAAAAGACGUAGGACCACUUUCUGGGAGACCCUGACGGGUCUUGUGUGCUCAUUGGGCGCUUUGGCUUCCAGGGCUGCCAAGAUGGCCACCAGACGGGGAGAGCCACUUUGAAGAAGCUUAAGCGCGUUCUCGCGGACCAGUGGACUGGUACGUUUUACACGACACGUUUUGGGAUCACGAUAUAUCGGGGUACAAAUUGGUGAUCGUUCGUUUGCGACGUUUGUUGUGAGCACGUGUUCGAGGAACACGUUCGAGACGUGGCACAGGAGAAAUAAAUUGCUCCUGAGAGGGGGGGGAAUGAAGAGUAUAUAUGAGUUGGACGGUGGCCAAGAGAGGUCGCUAGUUUCGCAUAUUCCUCGUGUUUAACCUCUAAUAAUAGAUGUUUGUUUCGAGGAAAAGAUGAAUAAGGUGUUAAUUAGAGGAAAUAAUAAAGAAGGAAUUUAUAUGUAUAAAGGAUCGUUGGAUUUCACAAGUUGUCUCGUAAGUUGCGAAGGAGAGGAUAAUAGAAAGAAUUUCUUUUUUUCCUGGUGGCCGCUGUACAAACUCGUGACCAGAUUUUAACGAUCAACUCGACAAUAUAUGGAUGAGGAGGAGAUGGAUGAGGAGACGAGAGAAAGAUGCGGGCUCGGAAGGUAAUAGUCGCACGUGGACUGACGGAAUUGACCAUUUUUCGUCCAUUUUUUUUUCAAACGGAGUCCAAUUUGAGAGAGAAAAGAGCAGAAACGAAGAGGGCGAAUGUUCGAUUCGAUUCGAUUCCAAGUUUCUCGACGACAAAGCAGCUUUGACGAAGAAAAAUUCGGCCGAAUGGAACCAACUUAUUGGAGCUGUUCUUUCUUGUGGAGAAUCGUGAGGAGGAACCAGAAAGGAUUUCGCGUUAACACCAUUCGAACGCUGGAAAAAUUUCACAUACGUAUACAUACACGCAUACACUUGAUAGGAAUCGAUCAAGAGAGGGAAUCGAAAGAGAAAUU